CCUUUCCACUCCACUCCUCUACUUUCCCCAAACCCAAACCCAAACAAAACCCAAAGACCAAAGACCCAAAAUGAAACUCACCGACCCCAUCAACGUCCACCGCGACGCUCAACGCGUCUUCGAAGUCCUCCAAAACAAAGGCAUUGCCCUAAUCCCGGGUAGCAUCGGAUACGGGCUUGUAGCCAGCGACCCCACCGCCUUGGACAAGCUCUUCUCCACGAAACGUCGCAAACCACACAAAAAACACGCCAUGAUUGGAAACUACGCGUUACAUCAAGAAAUUCACAUUCUGCCCCCCCGCGAAGAAUCCAUCGUCAAAACCCUCACUAUCGAUCUGGACGUGCCUGUCGGCGUCGCGGCCCCGUUUCGGCCCGAGCAUCCGAUUAUUCGGAACCUCGGGCCGGAGUUACUUUCUAGGUGUACUCACGACGGAACCCUGUCUAUGCUGGUUAAUGGGGGUCCGUUUCAGGAGGAAUUGAUUAAGUUGUGUCAUGAGGCGAAUAUGCCGGUGCUUGGGUCGUCGGCGAAUAUCUCUGGUUCUGGGAUGAAGGUUCGGAUUGAGGAUAUUGAGCCGGAGAUUGUGGCCGCCGCGGAUAUUGUGGUGGAUUAUGGGAAGAGGACGUUUAGUGAACCGAGGGCGUCGUCGACGAUUAUUAAUUUUAGGGAUAUGAAGCUGGUGAGGUAUGGGGCUUGUUAUGAUGUGAUUCAGGAUGUUUUGAAGAAGUUUUAUGGGAUUGAGUUUCCGGAGGAUCCGGGGAGGGAGGAGUUGUUUUCGGGGCAUGUGGAUAGGGAGCAGGCUACUGUUUAUUGAUGUGCAUAGGGGGUAGUUUUGUGUUGUUCUUAGGAUGGAC